UAUGGAGAGGUUGGAAGCAGCAUGUUCUGCUUGUUCGUACGGCGAUGCGUGUUCCUGAAAUUUAGUUUUGUGAAAAUAUUUAGUAUUUUUAGUGGUCAAAUACAGCAUUAAACAGUGACUCUCGCGCGGUCAAUAUGGGUUUGACGAAGCAGUAUCUGACAUAUAAGGCAGUUUCUAAUUUCAAUAUCAUUGCAAGUGGCCGGGCCAACGUGUCGUUCGUCUCCGUUGGCGGUGUGGAUGGCCGGUUCGUCGCCGUUGCUGCAGCCGAAAACGUUCUGAUUUGGAACAUAAGACUUGGCGAAAAGAUUCAUGAGCUAACACGGGAUAAGCAGGAGGUAACUUAUCUUCGACCGAGUCCGGAUCAAAAGCACUUGGCGGUCGGUUACACGGAUGGUGUGAUCGAAGUGUAUAAUGUUGAGAGUCAGCAAUCAGUUUGCACUUUCCCCGCGCAUCGAUCCGCUGUUAGUGCAUUGAAUUACGACCUUAUUGGCCUCAAGCUAGUUUCGGGUGGUCUGGAUAACGAAUUGGUCGUAUCGGACGUAGUAGCGCAAAGCGGAAAAUGUCGCCUGGUAGGCCACAAUGCACCCAUCACGGAUGCUUGUUUUAUGCAGAAACACCAUGAUGUUGUAAUAUCGAGCUCAAAAGAUACUCAGAUUAAAUUUUGGAACAUCGAAACACAAAGUUGUUUUAAAACAAUUAUCGAUCAUAGGAGUGAAGUUUGGGGCAUUGCUUUGAUGAGAAACGACGAUUUCCUUGUUGCUGGAUCAGCAGACUUGCAGCUUUCGGUCUAUAAGAUUGCCGAAAACAGCAGCAUUGCAGCGCAAGAGUCGACUACUGGUACUCCAGACGAUCUUAUGCUGGAAUCUGAGGCCAAUUGUCCCUUUCGGUGUACCCCGAUUGGAACUAUCCAGCGAACUGGUUAUGGCAGAACGAUGAACCUUAUUGCCGAGGGCAAUGGCCAGAUAUUGGGUUGUCAUGGAACGGACCGCAAGAUUGAAUUGUUCUAUUUUUACAGCGUUGAUGAAGCUUUGGUUCGUUUAUCUAAGCGGCUGAAAAAACUCGACACAAAAUCAAACAAACCCGAGUCUGAUCGACAACUCUCGCUAACGGAUGAAAUCAAACGAUUGCCGGCUGUUUCGGUUCCGGAAAAAAUCAAAUCCUUUGAUUUACUGCUUGGAACCGGCAGUGAGCUUCGGAUUUGCGUAAUCUUUGCUAAAAACAUGAUUCAGGUCUACACGUUGAAUGUGGCCGUAAAACAUGCUGAACCAAUAGCACUUCAUACCAUCCGUCAGCAGGGACAUCUCUCGGAAGUUCGAAGUGUCACCUUCAGCUCGGAUAAUUUGGCGAUCGCUUCGGGCAGUGCAGAAUCGCUUAAACUUUGGAACCGUGCCUCGCAAUCCUGUCUACGAACCGUCGAAACUGGAUACGUUGUCAGUACCUGUUUCGUUCCUGGCGAUCGGCAUGUGCUGGUCGGGCUGAAAACGGGCGAACUGUUGAUUGUGGAUAUCGUCAUAGGGGAAAUCAUCGAACGGGUCAAGGCUCACGAAAAGGAGCUUUGGAGCAUUGCGCUGACGCCGGAUAUGCGCGGUUGCGUCUCCGGCGGUGGAGAUACUACGGUGAAGUUUUGGAGUUUUGAACUAAUUGCGGAUCCCAAUCGGGCGGAUAACAGUGAAGUGAAGAUUCUUUCGCUUCUUCAUAAAAACGUGCUGAAACUAGAAGAAACGGUUUUAUGUGUUCGUUUGUCCCGUAACAGCAAAUACAUCGCCGUCGCUUUAUUGGACUCGACCGUAAAAAUCUUCUUCCUUGACACGCUUAAAUUUUAUCUUUCCCUGUACGGUCACAAGCUACCGGUUCUCUGCAUGGACAUCUCGUACGACUCUAAUAUCAUUGUGACUGGCUCGGCUGACAGGAGCAUAAAAAUCUGGGGAAUGGAUUUUGGUGACUGCCACCGGUCGCUUAUUGCGCAUGAUAACUCCAUUAUGGGGCUGCAGUUUGUUCCAAAAACUCACCUGUUUUUUUCAUGCGGUAAGGAUGGCAAACUGAAACAGUGGGAUGCUGAUAGCUUCGAGAAGAUUGUAACGCUACCCGGUCAUGUGGGAGAAUCUCACGGAUUGGCCGUCAGUCCUAAUGGGAAAUUUGUAGUGAGCUGUGGUUCAGAUCGUACCCUUCGGCUCUUCGAACGAACCGACGAGCCACUAGUUUUACAAGAUGUUCAAGAAGAAGAACGUGAGGAGUUGGAAAACAAUACUUUAGCGACGGGCGAUAGCUCCGGUCUUCCAGGCCUGCCCGGCUUAAAAUUACCCUCGAAGAAAACGAUCGGUUCGGAGAAAGCCGCUGAAAACAUACUGGAGUGUUUGGAAGUCAGUAAAACAUUCGAACAAGAGGACAACCAGAAUAUUAUUCCUCCCCUAAUGUUUGCCUACGAAGCCACCAACACGGAUGACUUCUUACUCGCAGUUCUCACACGCAUCCGUGCUAGUGAUUUGGAAGAAGCAUUGCUACUUCUUCCGUUUUCCAGUGUGUGUGAACUUUUGGAGCGGAUACCGAAACUGACACGGUCCCGGCAGGAUCAAACGGAAAUUAUCUGUAAGGUGGUACUGUUUCUGCUCAGAAUUCAUCAAAAGCCAAUCGUAAACAACCAAAUGCUUUUGCCCGUGAUUCAGCAGAUUAUCGAGAAGUUACAGGGUGCCAUCUCUGAGUUGAGGGACAUGAUUGGAUUAAAUUAUCAUGGAAUGCAGAUGCUACAGCGGGAAGUGGAAGCCAACCAGGGCGUUGAAUUGUUCCGUGACGCUACUAAAAGUAGAAGAAUGAAGGACCAGAAACGCAAGAGAAAAGAACUGGCCAAAAGGACAUUUGUACAAAUUAGUACAUAACUUUUUUUUAUAAAAUUAGAAUAAAAAAAAUUAAGUCAUUUGGAA